GUUUCUAUACGCUAGAUAACUCGAGCACGUUGCGCCAAAAACACGGCCAAGCUGCGCCGUUACGGCGCCUGUGGCUCAGUGGACCGCCUCAGCAGUAAAACGAAGCUGCGGGGGCCUGUGUACGACGCAGCCGCUCGCCGGACGGUCCAGACGCUGCGAUACGGCCCUCCGCGCCGAGCAACUUGCGCGGCGCAUUUUCCCGGCCCUCCGGACCCGCUGGCGGACCCAGGCCGUCUGACGUAUCGAGGAUGCUCGCGCCUACUCCAGCGAGCCUCCCUUUUACCAUCGCGGAAGACGUCGUCGACGAAACCGUGUACGACGCGCCGCCAUUGCGACAGCAGACGCCGCCGCCGCAGCAGGACGCCCUCACCUUCUUAGAAGUCGACGGCGCCACGGCACUCACCUUGCUAGAAGCGGCCGUCACGCACUGCGCGUACGCUCACCCCCCGCCGGCGCGCCUCCGGCAACUCGCGGCGAGGCUAGAAACGCUCGCGGCGCGCCGCGAGCGCCGCGCCGCCCUGACGCUGACGCGCUGCCUGCGGCGCGUCGGGAAACAUACUGCGCGUGACCGGUGUCUCCGCCACGCCGUCGCCGCGAUAACUCACAUGACCGCACGCAGGCCCACGCUCGUAGAACGAAGCGCGCCCUCAAACCAAGAGACACGAACGCGUCGCGCGCGCGCCGCCAGUCCGUCGCGAUCGGGAAAGCAAAACCGUCGAAGGCCGAGGCCCUCAAGCGGCGCGCCAGCAUUGCGCGUGCUAGGGCGCCCGUGCGACCGCGGCUGAAUCGCGCCGCGGAGCUCGCCGCGCGCGCCGGCCAGAAGAAGCGCGAGGCGCAGGAGAGGCGGGCCGCGGACGUACGAAAGGAGAUGCUCGGCGGCGGCUGGUGCGGCGCGGCGCGGCCGGCCUGGGUUGAGAAUGAUGAGGCGCUGUCGAGGAAGAUCGAGGCGGGGCUCACCGGUAAAAAAGAAGACGACGCGUUGUCGCCGCUGCGCGCGUCGAACAGCCCGUCGUCGAAGGCCGAGAAGGCGGCGACGGCGUGGCUGAAGAAAGCGCGGAACGGCGACGUCCCUUUGGAUGUAGCUGAGGUCGAGGCCGUCGUGGCUGUACUAAAGCGGUGCCGCGGCGUCGUCCCCGACGACGCCAAGGAAGCAGCACCCAUGACGCUCGCCGAGGCGCGGCGGUGCCUGAAGAAUGCCGUGGCGCAGCUCGUCGCGGGAGACGCGUCCGUCGAAGUGGAAGUCGAGCGCUGGGACGCCGUCGUCCGCGGCCACCCGGAGUACGUGGCGGAGCAGGCCGCGCGGCGGACGGCCUGGGACGCCGCGAACGCCGACGCGAAUGCCACGGCGCUCGCGACGGUCCGCGCGGCGGUACCGCCGGACGUGAGGCACGGCUGGACGGUCGAGCGGCUGGUCGAGCAGGGUUUGCCCCCGAAGCUCGCGGCGCGCGUGCUACGAGUCCGGGCCCUGUGGCUCGUGCGAAUGGCGCCGUCUACGAUCGCAAAAAUGCACGUCGCGGACUUACGCGGCGCCUACGACGCGCGCGGCCUGAGCCUGGACGAGCUGCGCGCCGUAUACGCCUCGCUCCCGGCGGCGUGGGAAAACGACGGCGACGGAAAGAAACAGGAGUGGGCCGAGGCCAUUCGAGACAAGUUGGUCGCCGCCGCCGCGUCCGGUGCGGCUGGACCUCAAGCCUGGGCCGACGCCGCGGCGCUCCCGUUUGACGCGACGUCGUACGAGCCGGCUGCGGCCGUCGCGAAAAACGACGAGGCGGUGGACCGCGCGUCCGAGCUCGCCGCCGUGGCCGAGGCGCGGAAGGCGCGGGAGGUCCCAACGGAGGGCGACGCCUGGGGCGAGCGCGUCGCGCGGCCCGCGCCGCGGCGGCUGUCGGGCGGCGACGGCUCGCGCGCCGCCAUGGUCGCAAGGCUGCACGGGCCUUCCGCCGGGCCUCCUGUAGGUCUCCUCGACGCGAUCAAGGCCGCCAAGCAGAAACCGCCGAAGCCUGUCGCCGCGGCCCCGGUCGUCGACCUCUUCGCGGAGCUCCGGCGGACGGCGACGCGCGUCGAGUGAUCCUCGCUCUGUGUAACAACAUCUAUCUCGCAGUCGUAGGCCCCCGGCGAAAGCUAUAUCGUAAAAACGCACAUUACGGUACACGAAGCCGCGCCCUUGCGGGCGCCGGCACGAAUGGAAUCAAGCCGCGGAGGGCGGCUCACGGAACGGAACC